CACAGAACGAGGCGGUUUUCUCCCCCCUAUUCUCUGUCUUUGUCUAUUACUCUCUCGCACACUUUUUCACUCGCCCACUCUUACACUCUCACCCCCCUGACACACUCUGACGCUCUCCCUGUCUCUCUUACGAUCGCAACCUUUCUCUCUCCUCUCUCUCCCGUUCUAUAUCUAUCUAGCUGUUGCCCCUUUGGCUCUAUCCGCGCACACGCCUCGCCUCUGUCCGCUUCACCUUCUUCUCGACCGCUGUCUCAGUCUACCGCGAGUCUCCUACGCCUGCCUGUAGACACCGUAACGUGGCCGCGUGUGAUAGUGCUUCAGCGAACGUAGCCCAGUUCGUUCGUAACCGUCGUUCAGUCACCGUGCCACACCGGCUUGACUUUACCUGAUAGCGGCCGGUGGCGUGCGACCUCGGAUGCUCGUACGCGAUUACCAGUGAUCGACCACCGAGACCUCGACGACAGGUGAUCGUCGACCGUUUUCCGCGACCCGAACACCCGAGAUACCAUGAGGCGAUGCCAACGUGGACCCGGGGUGUCGUCUUAGUUCACCCGAGACGCGAGGAUGCGAUCGUCGACGCGAGCCUGGUAGUUCUUGGACGCGUAAACAAGAAUGCGCUCGCUCGGGGAUAAACGAGGCGAACGCGCGACGAACGAAACGAGGAAACCGAAGCUCGUGAUUUGAUGUAAGAGCACCAGGAAAAAAGGUGGGAGCAGCACGCUUGGCCAAGUUGCCUGGAUACCGGGCAGUACCGUGUUGCGCUCCGGUGAAGUAGGAGGUAGCGAAGAAGGUGGUGCUUGAUAACACGAAAUGGAGGAUACAGUGGACAGUAGUGGAACGAAGAAGACGAUGCACGCGGCCGUUCAGGCUGCGAACGCAGGCCCGCGGUGCGUCCAAGAAUCGCGAUAGCACGACAGCCCUCAUCCCUCAGACGCGAUUAACCGCGGUGCGAUCGUGCUGAUACAACCCCGUGGCAACGGCCAGGUACGAUUCAUUCAUGGAAUUGACGAACACUUUGCCUCUAAAGUUACGGGUCGACGAACUUCCCUCGCGAUCCUCCUUCGUUCGCGUACAGCGGGAUUCGUGUCCCGGCGAGAACACCUCGUCGGAUCGAAGGUGAAGGAACCCAAGCUCUGGGGAACGCACUUGGUGGCUACGUAAAACGAGAAAGUGCAUCCGUGACAGUGAAACGUCGCUGCUCCGUGGAUAAAUACCGACGAGGAAACGGCUGGACUCCGUCGAGUACACGUUAUAGAUCGAACACCUGUGAACCGAGCGCGUACGUUCGGACUCGCGAGAAACGACCUCCACCUAAGCUUGCCUGGAUACAACGAGAAUUUUGCUAAAACGACCGUCAGCUCGCUCGAUGCGCGCCAGAUCGCGAGACUAGAACGACGGCGUGUAAUUGAUAAAUGGCACCGAGCGACAGGUACCGACCGCAAUCGUAGGGGUUUAACGCGAGCAUGCCCGAGGCGUGGGAAAGCCCGACGCGGACCUAGAGCCCCGCUAUCGAUACGAGGCAAGUAUUCUCGGAAGUUGAGGCGACAUACACUUAGACUUGUCGUGCAUGGAAAGUGACGGGGAAACGUUCGGUAGCGACGGAGCGGGUCCGUUAAUAAAUGCGUGGUGUGACUAGCGAACUAUUCGCCCCGAGAAUGUACUUCAGCCGGCACUUGGCACCAUGAUUAUAAUCAGUGAAAGAGCGCGCGACGUUGAGUUUCCCGGUGACGUUCGCGACGGUGAUCGCAGCUAAAAGUGGCACGGAAUUGUGCAGUGCAACGGGGAGAGAAACGGACAAGAAUCAUCCGGGAAUAGGAGAAACGACGGAGACCGAAUUUCGGGUUGGCCGACCCUUGGCGAAUACGAGAUGUCGACCUGCACCGGCCUGCAAAAUUCAUUCGCCAUGGCGAACCAGACGAGGGGUCUACCGCAGAUGCGAAUAAAGCUUUGUAUGGUCAGCGCCGGUCUCCAAAUAGUCCUUUUGCUCACCGUCCUACCUCAAGAAAGCCUGUGCGGGCAACACGAAAAACGCUUAUUGAAUGACCUGCUGGAGACGUACAACACCUUGGAGCGACCGGUAGCCAAUGAGAGCGAGCCUCUCGAGGUGAAAUUCGGCAUCACGUUGCAGCAAAUCAUAGACGUGGAUGAGAAGAAUCAAAUAGUAACUACGAACGCGUGGCUCAAACUGGAGUGGAAGGACUACAAUCUUCAGUGGAACGAGUCCGAGUACGGGGGCGUGAAGGACCUUCGAAUUACACCUAACAAGCUUUGGAAGCCAGACAUUCUCAUGUACAACAGUGCGGUUGAGGGUUUCGACGGGACAUUCCACACGAACGUGGUGGUCGGGCAUAACGGCAGUUGCCUAUACGUCCCUCCGGGCAUCUUCAAGAGCACAUGCAAGAUAGACAUCACUUGGUUCCCCUUUGACGACCAACACUGUGACAUGAAGUUCGGAUCCUGGACCUACGACGGCAGCCAGCUGGAUCUGGUACUCAACUCAGAGGAGGGCGGCGACUUGUCGGAUUUCAUCAUGAACGGGGAAUGGCACCUGCUAGGGAUGCCUGGCAAGAAGAACACACUGACCUACCAGUGCUGCCCGGAGCCGUACUUCGACGUCACAUUCACCAUACAGAUCCGGAGGAGAACGCUGUAUUAUUUUUUCAACCUGAUCGUGCCGUGCGUGUUGAUAUCCAGCAUGGCGCUUCUGGGCUUCACAUUGCCGCCAGACUCCGGGGAGAAGCUCACCUUAGGGGUGACCAUUCUGCUGUCGCUGACAGUUUUCCUGAACCUCGUGGCAGAAAGCAUGCCGACGACCUCGGACGCUGUCCCUCUAAUAGGAGUGACCAUCUUGUUAUCGCUGACGGUGUUCCUGAACCUCGUCGCCGAGACCCUGCCCCAGGUCUCCGACGCUAUACCCCUGUUAGGGACGUACUUCAAUUGCAUCAUGUUCAUGGUGGCGAUGAGCGUCCUUAUGACGGUGAUGGUGCUCAACUAUCAUCACAGAACGCCCGACAGAUACGUGAUGCCGGAUUGGAUAAAAUCGGUGCUUCUGAAAUGGCUACCGUGGAUGAUACGCAUGAGUCGUCCGGGAAAGGACCUCUCGGCGAAGAAUCUUUUUUUAUCCAACCGGAUGAAGGACCCGGUGCUGAGAGAAGGAGGUAGUAAGAGUCUGAUGGCAAACGUUUUAGGACUCGACGAUGACUUUUGUCACAGAAAUAGCGCAGCAAAUCCAUCUUCCGGAUACACCAGUAACACGGCGUUCGGCACACCGAUAUCCACCGGAAGACCAGCGACGGUCGAGGACACAUCGGUGUCGUUACCCCUCAAUGGUAUGCAGCAAGAGCUGCGCACGAUUCUUAAAGAAUUGCGAUUCAUUACGGAUCUUAUGAAAAAAGCGGAAGAAGAGGACGAGACCGUCAACGAUUGGAAAUUCGCCGCCAUGGUGGUGGACAGGUUUUGUUUGUACACCUUCACGUUGUUCACGCUCGUGGUUACGAUAUUCAUUUUGAGUCGUGCGCCACACAUAAUCGUCCAGUAAAUAGACUGCCCCGGUCAAGUUACCGAAACAAUGCACAAAAAAUGCCAAAGAAACGACGAACACGUGGGCUUCGAGGAAGCUGCUGCGGUGCGAAGUAACGAACCACGAUCGAGAAAACGGGCUUCGUUACUCGACAUUUCCUUUCCUCUCGCUCUGGACCCGCCGUUUCUUCUUCCGCGGGAAGGGAAACCCCGUAACGGAGAAAUUGGACGCCAGAGAGCAGAGCGUAGCAGCGCGGGCCCGCGCAUUGUGCUUCCAAGCGGACGAAGACCCAGUUGACACCGAAGAGGAGACCCAGCGGAGGCACGAGGAAGCAUCGCGAGGAUUCGAUUCGUCUCGACUUAUCGCGCCGUACCGUUCGAAACGUUCCUCGCGCGGAUUCGAGACGGUGUACUAAAUGCGGACGAGCUGAUCGCGUACAGGAGGACCAGAGAAGGGCGCCUCGGCAUAUCGUUGACAAUAGACGGCCACGUUGUGCGUUCGUUCACUUUCUUCGGCUUGAAACUUCUAUUCGACCGAACGAUCGAUCGCUCCUCCUUUCACCCUCUCCCCAACUCACUUUCGCCCGUUCCUCCUCGGAUUUAGGUAGAUAGAAAUCGAUCGUUCGUCGGGCAACGAUCGAGAAUCGAUCGAAACGAGUGUCCUCGGAGCAUGUGAAUUUCGAGACGCGGCGCCGGCGUUCAAACAAUUCCUCGAGAAAACGUUGUCGCGGCCUUUUCAAUAAUAAUAGUAACAACACGAACAACAGAAUGAAGAAGGACAACAACAAUAAUAGUAAUAAUAAUAAUAAUAACAAUAACAAUAAUGAUAAUAGUAACGAUAAUAAUCGGUAAUAAUUAAUGGUAAUAUAUUGAUAACGAUAAUAUUACCUAGUAAGUUACGAUUACGAUUUUUUGGGGGAUAAACGAUCUAAACGAUAAUACUACCUUUAAAGGCACACAUGAUAUGUAUAGAUUACGUCGUAACGCGUUAACGAUAAAUUGAAUAAAUAAUAUAUUAACGAUACUCGCUGUGCGCGUGGACGUUAACGAUCGAAUUCGUCAGUGUUACAAGGGUCCCUCCCCCCCCCGCCCCCCCGCCCACCGCCCCGUGGUACCGACAACGGUCUUUAAAUAACUGCCAAAUACAACAGUGGAGCCAGGGGUGUCCAACCCUUUCACAGGUAGAGACGUGAGAGAAUAAAAAGGCACGUAUGAUUAAUGGGAACAAAUAUGGGUGACUCUCAAAAAAAUUCGAACGAAAAGCCAAUGAAGCCACGAAUCAUCGUCUGAAAACCCCGCCUAGAAACGUUUUUCAUAAUUGGGAGAAUUUUAUAUUUACACAGGGCGCGUGGAAUCGAGUCCCGCGCCCAGGAACGAACUCCUACGAUGUAUUCUUUUUGAAACUAAAUCAUUUUCUUAAGGGAUGCUUCUUCCUUAGAAAUUAAGUUCUGGUACGAAUGGAAAGAAAGUGGACCUAUUUGAGAUCGGCUAAGCGUGGAUAACGAUGACUCGGCAACUCCGGUUGGAGAAGUCGCUGUACUUGUUCCGUUUGUUGUACUUGAUUGCUGGGAUGUGCGUGGCGGAUGUUGGGGAGAAUAAGGGACGAUAUAGUAGACAAAACUGCCAACGUUGGACGACCCCUGCUUUCCGUACAGACACGAAUCUGAGUUCUCGAAACAUCUUUAGAGCCCACGAUGAUAGGUAGCAAAAACCAAUAACAAUAUUAAAGACGGGGCGAGAUACAUCGCUCCACGGGUACAACCCUCAAAAUAUGCUAUUCCGCGUGGAAGUUUUCAAUGGCUGUACUCUGAUCGAGCAGAAAUUGUUCAAUCGAGGAAACGUCUCGUUAUACGGCUGUGUCGAUUAGCCUUUUCACAACCACGGUUUGCAGAUGCUAUUGUUCAAUUUAUUGCUAAAGAUAUAACACAGUUGUUUUGUAUUUAUAUCGGAAAUUACAUGGGGAAUAUUAUUGUUUGCGUUGUAUUUAAUUAAGUAGCUUCUUUAUAUUAAAUAAAAUAUGUUGAUCCUAAUUAGGAUCGACAUGACCGUCGUUGAUUAUACGAUUCGACCUAGAUAAACAAUGAAUGCAUAUAUACUGUUGUUUACAAUUUUGGAAUAAUCGUCUUUAUUUAAACGAACCUAUUUUUAUAAUAUUGUCCAUUCAUUUUACUGGAGCGAUACUUGAGUGUAAUAUGGGAUGGAAAUUGUAAUUGUACUUAAAUUUAGACAUUUUCCUAAUAGUGUGCAAGUAAUCGUCUAUGUUAUCCAUGCAAGCGAAACUAUAACAUUGUAAUAACUGUGAAUUUACAGAAACUGAUAGAAGAAACUGUAGGACGUGUCAGAAGACACGUUCUACCAUAAUGGAUAUGAAUUGUAAUCAGUGCUUCAUGAUUCUGAAGAAUAUUUGUGACGUUCAAUUUUUAUCAUAAUAUCGUACCAGUAGUAAUACGAUGUAAAAUAGUACAAUAUUCAAUGAAGUACGUAUCGGCGUGUGUACAUUUUUUACUUUUAUAAAGAUUAGAGUGCUCCAAAAGUAAUGUCUAUGAACGACAGUAUAUGUGUAUACAUUUAUCGAUGUAGUCACUUUAAAUUCAGCAAUCGAGAAAUUCGUUUGCAUACACUUUCAUUAAUUACAAAAAUAAUUACAUAGACUUUAAAAAGGUCCUAAAUUCGCAAAAGAGUGUCCAAAUGUAACAUUUACAUUUUGAAAAGACUUGAGAAGUCUUGAGAAGAAUACCAAAAUAUAACACGCAGUAUUACGGUUCGUUUCCUCAUGAAAUUACUCGCAUGAGAUUUAGAUAAACGUAACGGGCGAUAAACGGAAGAACUGUUUGGAACACACGGUUCCUCGUAUCGUACAACGAAUGUAAAUUUAACAAUACACCGGGAAACACGCGUGGAAAAUGAUUAUCGUAAACUUAUACGAUUACGUUCACAGCUGCUGGCGUAACAGAGGUGGGCAGGAUUCUUAUUCAGAUGAAAUUGUCGAAUAACGAAGGAAAGAUCGACAACAUUUUGUCAAACAUUUUUGCAAACGUGUAAAAAUAAAUACUGACGGAGUCUCGAAAACGAGCAUUUACUUACGUAUUGACGCUGUGGAUUCGAGUUCGUCUUCAGAAUCUGUAAGAAAAUAUAAUUACAUUUAAUUUGAGAACGAUUUUUACAUCAAGAUCGAGUGCUAUUAUUAUUAAGUAAUACCUUGAUAGGAAGACGAUGUAAAGUUUAGGAUCACAACAUGAAAAUUGAGAAUUUGUAGAAUAGAAACUUUUUUAGUGUUAAUUUGUAAAACAAAGGUCUCGAUUUACGUGUUAUAAUCCUAGAAUUUGCAUCGUCUGUCCACGCUAAUUUUAGUUAAACCGUGUAUAAAAGUCUGUUUGAGAUUGUUGCGUGUAAUUAUGUUAUUCACAAAUUCGGAGGUGUCGAACUAACAGGACAUUGUGUUGGAAUAAAAAUAAAUUCGAAUAAAAUUCUAUUCCGAUGGAGAUUCAUUCAAAUAAAUAUUCGUUCGAAUAACGUCCAUCUCUGGCGCAGAGUAACGCUAUUUCACAGUAGUACAGUCAUUGCUCUCCGCAAUCGCACAAAAAAAAAAUAUUAAAUCCUGACUAACUACGAGAAAAACCAAAUCUAUUUUCACCAGUGACGAGGCUGUACGGAAUGAGAGAGUACUAUAAUUGUUCAAACGACGCUGAAAACAUAAUAAAUGAAUAACUUGGUGGUGUUCUGAUUAAAUACUCAAAUAAACAUUGUACAUAACAACUGUUUGCAUGUCGUGGGACUCAAUACAACGUAGCAACGUAAUAAGUAUCACGAGCAGUGUCAGUAAAUAAUUAUAAGAGUAAAGCAUAAGUAAGAAUAUUGAAACUAUUCAAUCUGGAUAUAAUAAUUUCCGUUAAAAUAAUCGUGGAAUAUUCCAAACGUGAUUGUCCGAAUUGAAUCUUUCUCGCGAACAACGGUGAAAACGAUUUUUGGCAAUCUCCUUCAACGUAACAAAUAAAUAAAACAAAAAAAUCGUCGACUCCUGUUCGAUUAUCAUAAACGCCAAAAAAAAAAAAAAAAGAAAAAAUGAAAACGACGAAGAGAGUGUGUAUCGCCAUACGCGAGAAGCACGCGUUCAUAAAAGAAAACGCAAAUAAGGAUUGUCCAAAAUUUCGUCACGAAACACGUUUUUCGUAAUCAUAAUCGCCGACAAUCAUUUUGAGCGAUGCGAGAAUCGCGAAUCAUUGUGUGCGCGCACUCGUGAUUGGUAUGGCGAUAUUUAGGACAGUUCCGAGAACAACGAAAAUACGCAUUGAACUCUUAACAAAUAAAAUACCAAAGCUAGAUCGAAUAGGGGGGACGAUCGACAAUUUUAUAAUCGAUGGGAAUUCGAUGAGCAUUCGAGUUGAAACAUUGAUCUACGACCUAGAGUAAUUUUUUUGAUUCGCAGUAUGAUUUGCACGAGGAGUAUACGCUCGAGAUCGUGAU